GGGCGAGGCCGCUUCCGCUCAGCACUGGCCGCGCGUCGCCGCUGCUGAGGCCGCUGAGCCGCCGCCGCCGCCCCAGGCCCCUGUCCCGGUCCCGGUCUCGGUCGGAGCCGCCGCCUCCGGACCGGCCCCGCCAUGUCGGCCCAGGCACAGAUGCGGGCCCUGCUGGACCAGCUCAUGGGCACGGCCCGGGACGGUUCAGUGUAUCUUUGCCUGCCUACAUCAAUCUGCAAGGGAGUUGCAGAAAAGCCUCAUGUUCAUCGAGCCGAGAUGAAACCAGACAAAGGGUGAAGUUUACAGACGAUCGUGUGUGCAAGAGCCACCUUCUGGAUUGCUGUCCCCAUGAUAUCCUGGCUGGAACACGGAUGGACCUGGGAGAAUGUACAAAGAUCCAUGACUUGGCUCUGCGAGCAGAUUAUGAGAUUGCAAGUAAAGAGAGAGACCUGUUUUUUGAGCUGGAUGCAAUGGAUCACCUGGAAUCCUUCAUUGCAGAGUGUGACAGGAGAACAGAACUGGCCAAGAAACGCUUGGCUGAGACACAGGAAGAGAUCAGUGCUGAAGUGUCUGCAAAGGCAGAGAAAGUACAUGAGCUGAAUGAAGAUAUUGGAAAACUCCUAGCUAAAGCUGAACAGCUGGGAGCUGAAGGAAAUGUUGAUGAGUCUCAAAAGAUCCUGAUGGAAGUGGAGAAAGUCCGGGCGAAAAAGAAAGAGGCAGAGGAAGAAUACAGAAAUUCAAUGCCUGCAUCCAGUUUCCAGCAGCAGAAGCUGCGUGUGUGUGAAGUCUGUUCAGCAUAUCUGGGUCUCCAUGACAACGACCGGCGUCUUGCUGACCACUUUGGAGGCAAAUUACACUUGGGUUUCAUUCAGAUUCGUGAGAAACUGGAUCAGCUGAGGAAAACAGUGGCAGAAAAGCAAGAGAAGAGAAACCAGGAUCGUUUGAGACGGAGAGAGGAGAGAGAACGAGAGGAGAGGAUGGGCAGACGGUCUGGAUCAAGAAAUAGAGAUCGUCGAAGAUCCCGCUCUCGGGAGCGGAGGCGGCGACGCUCCAGAUCAGCUUCCCGGGAACGGCGGAAGUCGCGCUCGCGCUCCCGGGAGCGGCACAGGCGCCACCGGAGCCGCUCCCGCAGCCACAGCCGAGGGCACCGCCGCGGCUCCAGAGACAGGAGCUCAAAACACAAAUCUUCUAGAGAUCGAUCUUCAAGAGAAAAGUCCCGAGACAGAGAGAGGAAAGAGAAGAGCUCUUCUGAGAGGCGGCACGAGAGCACAAAUGGCAAAUCUCGUUCCAAGAGGUCAGAAGAGAGAGAAGCUGGCGAGAUCUGAACUCAAAAUGAUCUGUGUUGCACUGUAAAUAUCUGAUAAACAUUCUACACAAAGCCUAAAUUUCCCAUUUAUAUUUACUGAAUACAACUCAUCUUUUGUAGUUUGGGAUUUUUAUUGUUUGGCAGAUAGCUGUGAGUUUGUAGAGACACAGAGUUACGUACUGUUUAACAGGAUUUUGUUUAAGUAGGAAUAAAUAAAUCUGGGUGGAUGGUUUUCAGUCCAGGCCAGUGUGGACACCCCAUGUUUGUCCUGAUGCAGCGAGUGCAGCACUCAGGGCCAUGCUGUGCCUGGAGCCCUGAGCUGCCCUGACCUUUGUAACGCUUCAGCCCUUCCCAAAAGUCCCACCUGACCCUCUGUGAGCACACCAGUAGCGCUGGUUCUCAACUAUAUUUUUUCCUUCUGUUUAUAUAUGUUAAAAGAAAAUUUAGAUUUUUUUUUUCCUUCCUUUUAGUACUUAGCCACCUCAUUUUUAUGUCUCCAGCACUUGAGAGUUGCUCCACUUGCCCAGCUAAGGCAAAACAGACAAAAUUUGGCCCUGAUCUAUUAUGAAAGUUGUUCAACAUUGAGGAUGACCAAAUGAGCCAAAACAUGUUUGUAAGCUGGGCUGAAGUCUGGUUUUAGUACCUUUACAGUUCAGAAAGUUGGUGUGAGCAAAGCAGUGGGAAACCUGGCUGGUUUCUUCUCUAGAGAAGCGCAGCCAUUUACUGCGCCCUCUGCAGUCAGAGCUUCCCCGCGGAGCUCCUGACCUGCAGACGGAAGCGUUGCUGUGUUUCCAAGGCCAGGCAGGCAGAACGUGCCGAGGGGACUCGGGCUGGAGCCCUGCAGUGUGUGUCCCUCCUGGGAGCGAGGCACAGCCGUGUCCCCACGCGUGCGGGAGGCUCUGCCUGCUGUCACUCGCUGAUUUGUACCUCGGUUUGUUUCCCACGAGGGCGGGAAGGCGCCUGGCUGUGCCAGCCCCAUCCGCGACACCCAUUGUGGGAAUGGCGUGAGCGCAGCGCUGUCCCCCGCCGAGCCGGGCGCCUCUCGCUGGCUCGGUGAGGCGGUUCAUUAACUGCCGCCAUUAAUUGCCAUUCCCAGGGGCGGCUCCGGCCGGCGCUCCCCCCUCUCUCCAUUCUCUCCCUCCCCACGAACGCGGCUCCGGUUCCGCCGCGGUGCUCCCCUGGUGUCAGUCCCUAGUGCAUGCCCCCCUUCCCUGUCCGUUUUUACAAUUAAUUCCGCGGUUUCACGUGCUGUUUUUGUAACCUCCGUGUGGGGCGCGGGGGGCGGCGGGCGCGCGCUCGGGGUGCCUGUACGUGCCUGUGCUGUUCUCCCGCGGUCUGAGCGCAUUAAAGAUCUGUGUUUGUGGCU